AGGAUUUGUAUGGCAGGGACUGCUCUCGAGCAGAGCGCACGAUGUGAACGAUCGAGGCGCCUCGUCACGUUUUGUAACGACUUCUUCAUGACCCUCUGAUCCAGGAGCUGCCCUGGGGGAGAUGAAGGCCAUGGAGGUGCUGCAGAUCAGACGCGGUCUCCUGUUCUUCCUGCUCGCCACUGCAGGGAGGUCACAGGUCAACCCAGGAGUGUGCAGGUAUCCCCUAGGCAUGACAGGAGGCCAGAUCCAGGACGAGGACAUCUCCGCCUCCAGCCAGUGGUCUGAGUCUACUGCCGCCAGGUUUGGCAGACUAGACUUUGACGAGGGCGACGGGGAUGGGGCCUGGUGUCCUGACAUCAUGUCUGAGAGGGACGGCCUGAAGGAGUUCCUGCAGGUGGACCUGCGUUCGCUGCACUUCAUCACGCUCGUGGGCACCCAGGGUCGCCACGCCGACGGCAUGGGCAACGAGUUUGCCCAGCGCUACCGGAUCAGGUUCAGCCGCGACGGCGGCCGCUGGGUCUCCUGGCAGGACAGGAACGGUCGGCAGGUGAUCGAGGGGAACAAGAACGCCUAUGACGUGGUGCUGAAGGAUCUGGAGCCGCCCAUCAUCGCCCGCUUCGUGCGCUUCAUGCCCGUCACCGACCCUUCCAUGAUCGUCUGCAUGAGGGUGGAGCUCUAUGGCUGUGAAUGGCUAGACGGCCUGCUGUCAUACAGCGCCCCUGCUGGACAGCAGAUGACCUACAGGGGGCUGGACAUCCACCUCAACGACUCCGUCUACGAUGGUGCUACAGGUGAAAGGCUGGCGGAGGGCCUGGGUCAGCUGACUGACGGCACGUGGGGUCUGGACGACUUCCUCCAGAGCAACGUCUACGGCAUGUGGCCUGGGUACGACUAUGUGGGCUGGACCAAUGAGAGCCUCCCAAAGGGCUACGUGGAGAUGACCUUUGAGUUUGACCACGUCAGGAACUUCACCUCCAUGAAGGUGCACCUCAGUAACAUGUUCAGCCGCGGGGUGAGAAUGUUCCGGCAGACCACAUGUUUCUUCCGCUCGGAGGCGGACUGGGAGGCCGGCCCGGUGACCUUCAGGCUCCCUGUAGACCGGGUCAGUCAAGGCGCCCGCUUCGUCACCGUGCCCCUGGGCGACCGCAUGGCCAGCGCCAUCAAAUGCCGUUUCACCUUCAAUGAGGCGUGGAUGCUGUUCAGUGAGGUGGCCUUCCAGUCUGGCACUUCUGUGUAUAACACAUCCCUCACCCCUCGUAAACGUGGCCACCCCACCAAUAUUCUACCAGGGGAUGACCCCACCCACAAAGUGGAUGACAGCAAUACAAGGAUUCUGAUUGGCUGCCUAGUGGCCAUCAUUGCCAUCUUGUUAGCCAUCAUAGUCAUCAUUCUGUGGCGUCAGGUUUGGCAGAAGAUGCUGGAGAAGGCGUCCCGGCGGCUGCUGGACGAUGAGCUGACCGCUCGCCUGGCUGUCCAGACCCAGGCCUUCUCCUUCCACCACUCCCUGUCCAGCGACAGCGGCUCCAACUCCACCUCCACCUACGAGAGGAUCUUCCCCCUCUGCUCCGACUACCAGGAGCCGUCACGCCUCAUCCGCAAGCUGCCAGAGUUUGCGCAGUCCACUGAGGACCUGGCGGGGUGCGGCGCCCCGUCCAGGCUCACCCAGACCGGCAGCUCGGACGGGGCUCCUCACUACGCGGAGGCCGACAUCGUCAGCCUGCAGGAGGCCGCCGGCAGCCCCACCUGCUCCAUCACCUCGGUCCGCUUGAGCCUGCUCGCCGGGAGAGACGCCGCCAUGAGGGAGUUCCCUCGGGACAAGCUCACCUUCAAGGAGAAGCUGGGAGAGGGCCAGUUCGGAGAGGUUCACCUCUGUGAGGCCCAGGGCAUGCUGGACUUUGUGGAAGAGAAUCUGCCUGUGGAGAGCAGCGGUGAAUCAGCCGUACUGGUGGCUGUGAAGACACUGAGAGAAGACGCGAACAAGAACGCAAGGAAUGACUUCCUGAAGGAGAUCCGGAUCAUGUCUCGUCUGAGGGACCCCAACAUCGUGCGUCUGCUGGCGGUGUGUGUGGAGAGCGACCCCCUCUGCAUGAUCACGGAGUACAUGGAGAACGGAGACCUCAACCAGUUCCUGUCCGGCCUUCAGCUGGAAGAGGAGGAGCUGGUGGAGGGCAAGAAAGAAGGAGGACAGGAGAACCAGUCAGGAGACAGAGCCACUGUCAGCUACAGUAACCUGAUCCGCAUGGCCACACAGAUCUGCUCUGGGAUGAAGUACUUAUCCUCCCUCAACUUUGUUCACCGUGACCUGGCGACCCGCAACUGUCUGGUAGGAAAGAGUUACACCAUCAAGAUUGCUGACUUCGGCAUGAGCAGGAACCUGUACCGCGGUGACUACUACCGUAUCCAGGGCAGGGCGGUGUUGCCUAUUCGCUGGAUGUCCUGGGAGAGCAUCCUAUUGGGUAAAUUUACGAUGGCCAGUGAUGUGUGGGCGUUUGGGGUGACCCUGUGGGAGAUCCUCACAUUGUGUAAGGAGCAGCCCUACUCCAACCUGUCUGACGAGCAGGUCAUUGAGAACACCGGAGAGUUCUUCAGGGACCAGAGCAAGCAGGUGUACCUGCCAAAGCCCAGGUGUUGUCCUGACGAGGUCUACAACUCGCUCAUGCUGGGCUGCUGGAAGAGAAACGCCAAGCAGAGGCCCACCUUCCAGGAGAUCCACAGCCAGCUAGUGGAGGACCAGGCAUAGCUGCUGACACGCAGUAAACACAUCCGGGACUGUGCAGCUUAUUGACAGCGAUUUCUCAUCCGCUUUACUUUUGACCCACAGUGGCAGUUUCUGAGUAUUCCUUUCUAUUAUAUUAUUUGUUUGUCUUGCCUUUUCAUUUUCAUGUCUCACCCCUCUCUCGUCUACAUUAAUUAUACCUGAUCAUUAAAAAGAUGGACCAGGGAAAUAAAUAGUUUGAACUAUUAUAUAUUUGAUGCCAUUUUAACAAAGGAGACAAUGACAGGGAGUGCACCUGGUAAUUGUAUUUUCUAGCAUUUGUAGAAAGAGAUUUUGAAUCAAUUUUCGAGAUUUUCAUUGUACUGAAUGAAUUUUUGGUGAACUAAAUAUAUGAUGUAAAUAAAGUCUACUGCAAAUAAAGCUGUGUUUCUAAA